AUGGCCGCCUCGUCUUCCUCCGGCUCGUCUUUUACCUCCUCCUCCCUUGGCCGGCCCCCUUCCUACGGCCAGCCAUACGCAAGCCCCAUUGACUCGACCUGGACACCAACGUCAGGCGCCUCGACGAUAUCGGCCCUCACCUCCGAGGCCUCAGCACCGCACGCCUCUCUUCAUCCUCUGGAUCUUGGACCUCCAGGCUAUCAAGCAACUAUAACCCUCUUUGAGAAUACCCCCAACGAGCGCACGGUUUAUCUUGGCCCUUGGGAGGUUGUCGGCUCCGAGCAGCGUCGCGUACUAUGGCAGUGCAGCUACCAGAGCGAGCUUCUUGAACACUUCCGUACCUCAUCCCCCGCAUCAAUCAUCCGAGCCAGGGGCCAUCAUUCUGACCAUAGUUUAGUUCCGUCCGACGUGCCCGCCGACAUCUUUCCUCAUACCUUGCACGCCCGUCAUCGUCCAUACACAGAUUCUUGCGAACUCGAGCUUUUUGUCAGCUUUCGCGAGCCACAUAGAGUCAGAUACACUACCGGCGAAGGUGUGGUGGUUCAUGACCACCUUACCGAGGUCAAGUACGAGUUCACCACCGUGGAAAGCUCUAUACGCUUCCAGGGAGAUAUUCGUCGGAAAGACUUGGUUGAUUACUACGAUGUUGACGUCGUCUGGUCCGAUCAGCACGGAAGAACGGACGGCUUUGGUAAUAUUAGGGGCAUGGGAUUGGUACAGAGGCUCAAACUCUGGAGGGACCGAUACUCGACUUACCACUCGCUGACCGUUCUUGCAAAUCGUGCGAGUGGCCGGCAAUAUCGAGAAUACGAAAUCCACAAUUUUGAGGGCGAACUGCGUAACCGCGACGAUCGACACCGCCAGGUCCGCUUGACAGUUCGCGGAAGUCGACGCAGCAGCGCUCCCGAUAACAGCAGUUCCCGCUCACGCUUCAACCUGGCACAACGAAUGCGUCCCCGCGUGCGUUCCGGUUCUCAAGGGGGCCCAUCGACUUCUGACGGAGCACCGUCGGGCACACUGAAUAUUCGCUAUAUAGGCGUACAGUUCAGUAAACGUGAAGAUUACCUUCGGUUUUUGGAGAGUUGGGUCGUAGCGCACAGCUCCGACAGCGAGUUUCACGGCAUACCUUUUCCUGCCCACCAUGUUGAGCUGCCAUCGCCGGAAAUGCUUCCUGGAGAAAUGUCUGAACUGCCGUCCCCUGAUAUCUCUCGAGGCUUGGAGCCAGUGGUGGAGCCCCCAGAUCCUUAUGAGUCUGACUCGGCUGCUUGA